CCAACGCCGAAAAAUGGGAGAAGCCUACGACGACUGGGGAAAUCCUACCUCACCACCUCCUCAUCACUACUCCAGCACCUGGCACCGACCGAACCAAGGCGCAAUCGCCAACCUGAAAGCUUACGCCGUGCAUUGUUCGCGAAAGUAUCGGACCGUACUUUCGACGCUUCUGUUCGGGUUAUGUGUGUUGGGAUUUUUUGCGAGAGGAGGAAGAGAUGUAGGAGGAAGGGAGGCAAAGAUUGAUUGGAAAAGUUUUGCUUAUGUACAAUAUGUGACGGAUAAUCAUAAUUUGUGUAACGCCUACAUGGUAUUCGAAGCAUUACACCGACUUGGCAGCAAGGCCGAUCGAGUACUGUUGUACCCCAAAGAAUGGGAUCUGGUCGACGAAUCGCCUCAAGAUCGCAACAGUCAACUUUUGAUCCGAGCGGAGAAGUUGUGGAAGGUGAAGCUCAAGCCGAUCACGGUCCUUGACAUCGAAGGCGAUGCUUCUCCCGGCACUCUCAACGCACCCAGCUCAUGGGACGCUUCAAUAACAAAGUUGCGGGCCUUUGAUCUGGUCGAGUACGAUCGAGUGCUGCAUCUGGAUAGCGAUGUGACCUUGUUCCAACAUAUGGACGAACUCUUCACACUUCCAAAGACGCCGGUUGCGAUGCCACGAGCGUACUGGUCGGAAGGAAAACCGAACGAGUGGCCGCUCACCAGCCUGAUGAUGCUGAUCGAGCCCAAUCCAUUCGAGCUCAAGAACUUCCUCGACAUCCUCAUGUCGUGGAAGCUGCAGCCAGGAUUCCAAGCCGGGAGGAACUUCGACAUGGAUCUGCUCAAUCACCGAUUCGGCGCUUCUGCCAUGGUUCUCCCUCAUCGACCAUACGCUCUCCUCACGGCCGAAUUCCGCAAACACGACCACUCCGCCUAUCUCGGUACCAUCAACGGUCCACGAGAACGCUACCCUUCCAAAUACGACUGGGAUCCCGAUCGCAUCUUGAAAGAAGCCAAGCUGGUCCAUUUCUCCGACUGGCCACUGCCGAAGCCUUGGGUGAUGUGGCCGUAUCAGGGCUUGUCAGAAAUGCAGCCCGACUGCGAUGGGAAGACCGAGGGCACGUGCCGAGAGCGCGAGAUCUGGAAGGACUUGUAUGCGGAUUUCCGGAAGAGGCGGAAAGAUCUCUGUCGCAUUUUGAGCGUUCCUGCGCCCAAGUGGUCGGAUAUCAAGAAUGCGAGUGCGACGAUGGAACGGCCGCAUCAGUAGUAGACCGUAGUCAACAGCAGGGUUUCAAUUUUCCGUGCACUCACACACACACGGUGAUAUUUGUCCCAAGUCAUCAUCCAUGAUUCCCAAAUGUCAUCCUCUUCAACAUGGUGCACCGC